UCGAGCUUGGAGAACCCGGAUAUAUCUUGGACUUGGAGAUACUCUUGUCGGUGUUCUCGGAGAUGGCGAAGACUGGUUAUUGUGAGAAAACGGGACUGAAGAAAGGAACAUGGACUCCGGAGGAAGAUAUGAAAUUAACAGCUUAUAUUAAGCGAUAUGGCCAUUGGAACUGGCGUGAGCUUCCGAGAUUUGCAGGUUUAGCAAGAUGUGGGAAGAGUUGCAGACUGCGAUGGGUUAACUACCUGCGACCCGAUAUCAAACGAGGUCAUUUCAGCCCAGAGGAAGACGAAAUCAUCAUGAAAAUGCAUGCAUCCCUGGGUAAUAGAUGGACAAGGAUUGCCACCAAACUUCCAGGAAGAACAGAUAAUGAAAUCAAGAACCACUGGCACACCAACCUAAAGAAACGAUUGAAUCGAGAACCUACUACAGCCUCAUCAAAUGACAAAAUGCACCACAAUGAGGAACUAUCCGAAUGCAAAAGCGAAGGUAAUAAUAAUACAAAAGAAUCGGAACCUGGGACCUGUCUUUCAGAUGAUCCUAUGGACGAAAUAAGAAGCUCACCAUCAACUUCGCAACAGUCUUUCGGUGAUUUAUCUUCCCCGAGCAUUGACUACUCCUCAGUUAUAACUGACACAAACUGGUCCAAAGCUGCUGAUAAUGUCGCUUCACCAGAAAAUUUUGCAGAACCUGUUUGCAGCUUCUGGACAGAACCACUUUUGGCAGGAAAUUCCUACAUCCAUGAAGAUUUUCUGGAGACUACGGCAGACCCACUUAUGUUUCCACUUUCUCUAAUCUCCUUUGGAGACCCUUUUUGUGGAUAUGAAGGUUUCUACAAUGACGAUAACUUUGAUGUCUUCAACCAAUUAUUCUAAUUAAGUCAACUGCGAAACGAUGAUAGUUGAUUUUCUGCUUCGAGAUGUUUUGUAGUGGGAGUGUUAAUGGACUUCUUUGUCUCUUAGUUUUAGGUAGAGUGGAAGCACUUAAAAGCAUAUAUGAAGCUGGUAGCCUGAAUCUUUAACAUAAAAUUUGUAUUGGAAUCUAAGCAUGCAUGGCUUUUACUCUUGCAAGUCACUAGAUUAAUUUAGGUUGUGUUUGGUAUCAUUGUCACUUCUAAUAAUGUU